UUCAGUUUAUGCUGCCAAUGUGGAAUAUCUAUAUUGCCAAAUCCAGCCAAUAUGUGUGUUGGAUGUAUUCGUACUAAAGUUGAUAUUACAGAAGGAAUACCAAAACAAGUUGUUUUGUAUUUUUGUAAUAGUUGUGAAAGAUAUUUGCAACCACCAUCACACUGGAUACAAUGUAAUUUAGAAUCAAGAGAACUUCUAACUUUAUGCUUAAAAAAAUUGAAAGGAUUAAAUAAGGUAAUUAUCUUGGAAACUGGAAUAAUAAUGAUAAAUUUCAAAUUACAGUUAUAUAAUCCUCAGAUUCUUGGAGGAAAAUAUCUAUUUGCAAAUGAUGUUGUAUGCUUAUCCCCACAAUUAGCAAAUCUUCUUGGUUCUAUUGGCCAACUAUGUAUUUGUACUCGAGUAACAAAUAGUAUACAUUUGAUUGAUCCAUCUACUCUUCAAAUUGCAGAAGUGAAUAGUCAAUUGUUUUGGAGAUAUCCAUUUAGCAGUCUCUGCUCUUCCAAACAGUUGAUAGAAUACACUGUUAUGAAUAAUGAAUUUAUUAAAGAUUCGGAGCGCAGUAUUUUUGCUGGACAAGGAAAAUUAUCCGAAAGACAUGUUUUGUCUGAUGUUUGGGUCGUCAGAUCAUCUGAGUUGGGAUUAACAAAUGAUCUUAUUCAUUCUCGAACACACAUGGGUCAUUUGCUAAAGCCUGGAGAUACUGUUUUGGGAUAUGAUAUUCGUAAUUCAAAUGUAAAUAAUGUCAAUUUUGAUAAAUUAAGAAAAGACAGAGUUCCUGAUGUGGUGUUGGUGAAAAAAGUUUAUUGUAAUCAGUCCUCUCGUCACCGCAAAAGAAAAUGGAAGUUAAAACAUCUGUCUUCAGAUAUGGAUCUUGACAGCCAAAGUGAUAAUAAGGAUUAUACAGAGUUCUUGGAAGAUCUUGAAGAGGAUCCUUUGUACAGACAGAAUGUUAAUAUAUAUGUUGAUCCGAGGAAAAAGACAGCUAGUAUGCCUAUUGAGCUAGAUGAAGAUCUACCACAGAUAAGCUUGCAGGAGAUGUUGGAUGAUUUGAGUCUUGUUACUGAUGAUGAUAAGAUGACUGAAUAAAAUUAAGAAAUUGUUGGAAAA